UGUUGGAUGCUUCCAAGACCAACCUAGCCGAACGUUAAAUGGAAGAUCCAAUGCGUCAACUUCAAUGUCUGUAGAAAAGUGCAAAGAAUUUUGUCAGCAACACGAUUCAAGAUUUUAUGGUUUAGAGGAUUCAAACAAAUGUUUUUGUGGUAAUGUAAUUAGACAAAAUGUAAGAAAGGCGGAAAAAGAAUGCAACGCCAGGUGCAGCGGAAAUGACAACCAGUUUUGUGGAGGAAAUUCGAGGAUAAGUGUUUAUAAAAAUGCCAACUAUGAAAAAGGUUAUCUCGGCUGUUUUCAAGAUCAGUCAACCCGAACUCUAAAUGGAAAGCAUAUGUCAUCAAACUCAAUGACUGUAGAAAUGUGUAAGGAAUUUUGCAAGAAGCAGGAUGCCGAAUUUUAUGGCUUAGAGUCUUCCAUGCAUUGCUAUUGUGGAAACCUUACACAGCUGGUGAGAAAGCCAGAAAUGGAUUGUAGUCAGCAAUGUCGAGGGAAUUCCGAUCAGUUUUGUGGGGGACAUUGGAGGAUAAGCAUCUAUAAAAAUCGCUAUAUCAUUCCAUUUGAAUGUAAAGAAAGCAAAGCACAAAUCAACUGUACACCUAAAAACGGAAAGAGGGGAGUUUGUGUAAUAAAAAAUGCUGAAUUAGUGCUAAACGUUGCACCAAGUGCACGUAAUCCUACGUGCGCACGUGGAGAGACGUAUGGCAGACAUGGAGAUGAAAUAUGGGUUUCUGAAAAGUGUGGAGGGCUAUUUACUGUUUGCUUUAAAGAAGUGAAGAAAAUGGCUGUCACAAAUGGUAAAGACUGAAAAAAGAAUAUUUUUACAACUUGAGACGCCUUUCUCGAUUUGAAUAAUUUGGAAGAUUCUAGUACUGGCUCAAGAUUGCCAUGAGAG